AUGUUGACUUUCUCCAACUUCGUCCGCCGUGGCGAUGACGACAACAACAACACUGGCCUAUCGACCGCCAUGGUCGACCUUCUGAUUUCUCUCUUGGUACUCAUCCUCCUCGCUCUCUCCCUCGUUGGCGGCCUGCUUGUCCUCCGCCGCAAGCGCCAGGCCAAGCAAGAUUCCGUUCUCCCAGUCCACAAUGGACAGAUUCCGCCCUCCCGGCGCCGGCUCACAAUCACCGCCAACAAGACCGACUCAGUUUUGGUCUAUGAUGAAAAGCGCGCUUUGAUGGCCAACUCUGAUAGCCCGCCGCCCAGCCCUGUUCCCGAGAUCCGAAUCACGUUCCCAGAGGAGGAAGACGAGUCUGGCAAGCGCCGGUCCGGCCGCAUGGUCGUUGUUCGGAUCAGCGAGGCUGGUAGCAUCGGUCUCGAACCCUGCCAUGAAGAGCUGCCUCCGUACCAGACCACCGACACCGGCCGGUUCCACUCCCUGGAUAUUGAACGGAUGGGCGGCUUGAAGGAAAAGGGAGAGCUCAACCACUACUCUUAA